UACGACAAGAUCCUUAUCUUUGGCGACUCCCUCACGGAACUCAGCAGCGACAUCCACUCGCUGUCAUUUGCCCUCACACCCGCCCUCCAGCACUAUUACUUCCGAAAGCUUGCUGUCGUUGCGCGAGGAUAUGGAGGCUACAGCUCAAUGCAUCUAAAGCAUGUCCUGUUACCCACGUUGCGUGCGGAAACGGCCGCUGGAGAAAAGAUUAAGCUGCUGGUGAUUGAGGUUGGCACGAAUGAUGCGGCCGACAGAGACAUACAAUCCGUGCCGGUGGACACAUACCGUGAGAAUCUUGAGUGGAUGGUGCAACAGGCCAAGAAUUCAGGCGUCGAGAGACUUAUUGUGGUGGGACCGGGGCCUGUGGACGAAGACAUGCUGGAGCCUCCCAUAUACAACCGAGUGAUGAAGAACCUAGAGUAUUCGGAGGCAGCAAAAGAUGUAGCAGCACGUUGUGGUGUUCCGUUCAUUGAUAUGUGGCACACAAUGAUGGCACAUGUUGGGUGGAAGAAGGGAGAGCCGGUGCCGGGUAUCCUGGGCCAUGGGGAAACAGUCUUCAGGGAGCUGUUGACGGAUGGUGUGCAUCUGACCGGGAAGGGCUAUAGGAUAUGGUAUGAUGAGCUGCUUGCGGUCAUUGUCAAGGAUUUUCCGGAUUUGCGGACAGAAGCGCUGCCGACGGUGUUGCCG